CACAAUGCAAUUUGAGGAGUGAAUUUCCGGUGAGGUUCAGUCAGUCCAAAGAUGGCGGACCUCCUGGGCUCGAUCUUGAGCUCGAUGGAAAAACCACCAACCGUCCACAACCAGGAAAGCAGGCGGAAAGCCAGAGAACAAGCAGCCAGGCUGAAGAAGAUGGAGGAGCAUGAGAAGAGAAAAAAAGCAGAGUUUCGGAAAAAGAUGGAGAAGGAGGUGUCGGACUUCAUUCAGGACAGCACAAUGCAGAAGAAGAAGUAUGACCCAAUGGGCAAGAUUGAGCGAAGCAUACUGCAUGAUGUGGCAGAGGUAGCUGGCCUGACCUCUUUCUCCUUUGGCGAGGAAGAAGAAAGCAGAUAUGUCAUGCUGUUUAAAAAGGAGUUUGCACCAUUAGAUGAGGAACUGGAGGCGUAUCGUAAAGGCGAGGAGUGGAAUCCACAGAAAGCCGAAGAGAGACGCAGGCUUAAGGAGCAAGCUGCAUUGGAGAUGGAAUCAGCCAGUCAUGCUCAGAAAAGGCCUGUCUCACCUAAUUCAAACUACAGAGACAAGUACAGCCAUCUGAUUGGUACAUCUGCCGCUAAAGACGCUGCACACACGCUUCAAGCGAACAGCACAUACGGCUGUGUUCCUGUGGCCAAUAAGAGGGACACCCGCUCCAUCGAGGAAGCCAUGAACGAGAUCAGAGCCAAAAAACGGCUAAAGAAAGGUGAAGAAGAGGCAGCGGGCAGUAGCAGCAAUGUGUGAAUGAGGUGUGCGUGUGUCGCAGAGACUGCACUGUAGAAGAAGGUUAACUUGACAGUGUUUAUGUGAACAAAACUUUACCUGUGGUGUCUGGUAAAGGUGAAUAAUUAUGCACAUAACUGUAUAACUGUAUACGUCUACUGUGUAUAAGGCUUUUGACUCUAUCCUUGAUUUAGAGAUUAUUAUUAUUAGCAUAUAUAGAAAUUUAGGGUUUGUAGUUGUAUGAAUUCCCCUGUAUUUUGGCCUGGUUUCUACUGGUUUUAUGUUUAAAUGCAAUCCUUCAUCAGAAUGUUUUCGUUUCGUUUAUAUCGCCGUUGUUUUCCUUUGGUUUUUAUUGUCAAGAUAUUUAUUGUCUUCCCAUAACUGUGGUAGUUAUGAUGUAACUCCAUUGCUAUUUUAAUCUGUGUCUUGUGCAUUUUAAAUUAUGAAAUUGUUUCAAUAAACUAGCAGUUUCAUUUAA